AUGCUCCCAUCAUUGGACGAUGACUGCGAUGCGUGCAGACCUGCCUAUCUCCAGCGCAGACUUGACUCCUUUCCGCCAUCUACGAUAGCUCUGUCAUCCGCGCCAUUCGCAUUGACUUUUCUGUUCGUUGCUGUUGCCGUAUGGCAGAAAGUCGUACCGCAUCUCUCGUCAUCAAACUCGCACAAGGACCAGAACAUCCCACUCUUCAAUCGAGAAACUCAACGCGCGAAUGGUCAUGGAAACAAAUCGUGGCGUAACAUCACGUUCAAACGUGUGGCUGCAAUAACCUUCUCAACGACUGUUGCUCUAUCGGCUGUACUGGUAGAGCUGAUCUUGUGCGAGAUCUCCAAUCUGCUGAAUCCAGCAGCUCGAGGAUUAGCUUUACGCAUUACUUUGUUCUCGCUUCUGAUUCUGAUAAUCAUUGUUAUACCGAGUCUGGAAGUUCAUACGAUGGUCUCUGGAUCGCGUCCUCGCUCCGAGUAUGCCACUCACAACACGCAAAAGUCUCGACCGACCCUUAGAUACACAUUCGAGGCUUUGUUGCUGGGCGUCUGGUUCGUUGCCUUCUGGUACAUGCCGCACACAUCACUUAUUCCGGCUUCUCUACAUUCACAGGCAGGCCAGCCUAGUCAGUCCAAGGACUUCGACUUCGUGGAAGCAUGCCUUGAGCGUGUUGGCAUCAUUGGGAUUUCUCUGAUGGCUUCUCUUGCUGGAUUUGCUGCGGUCUCUUCGAUCUGGCAGACAUUUGGCGUUAAGCAUCGCGUUGUUCGUGAUACCGACAUUGCACGCAAGGAGAGUGGUCUGGCAGCAACUAGAGACAUGUUGGCAGUCAAGCAGAGUCGUUUGCGCGCAUUGCAACGCAAGAUGUCUGAAGCACCACAGGACAAGGGUGGAAUCAUGACCAGAAUGAUCGGCUCGAUAAAGGGCAACUCGGACACAAACGAGCAACGCAGUCUGGAAAUGGAAAUCUCGGGUCUAGAGACAAUGUCCGCGUCGCUUGCAUCCUCCUUGUCAACUCUCAAGACCAGACACGCGACACAACAAAGAUCGCAGAACAGCCUCGGAAGGCUGUUGAACAUACUCAAUUUCGGCUUUGCACUCUACUGUCUGUACCGCAUUGCAGCAACAUCGGUCUCUUCACUACGCAGGUGGUGGCAGCCAAACACGACUUUUGCGACAUCGGAUCCUAUCAAUAACGUUCUCGCGCUGCUCACAACACACUACGACCCUACGCUGGAUCGCGAGGCAUGGUCUCGGCAGAUCUCGUUCGUACUGUCAGGAGUCAUGCUUCUGCUGUCCUUCAAUGCGGUGCUCCAGACCUUCCGUUUGUUUACUCGCUUCUUUCCCAGCGUGGCGGCGCGGGCACAGUCUGCGCUUCCACUGGUGAUCUCGCAGGUGGUGGGUGCAUACGUGAUCUCGUCAGCAUUGCUGUUGAGAAGCAACCUGCCUAGUGAGGUGAGCAGUGUCAUCAGCGAGGCUCUAGGUGCACCACUGGAAGGUCGCUUUGUCGAAGCAUGGUUUGAGAGCUGGUUCCUGAUUGCUGUCUUGACGACAAGUGUUGGCAUCUUGAUCAGUCGUAAAAUGGGGUCAUCUGCUGAUUGGGAAGACUGGGAGGAGAGUCAAGACAUGGAGAUGGGCAAAAUGCAUUAA